AUGGACUUGAUGGACAUCUCGGCUGGCCGAUCACCGAAACGAGAGCUCCAAGGACCUCGACCGACUCCUCUAAAAGUUCGUAAAGAUUCACACAAGAUUAGAAAACCGCCCUUGCUACCACAACCUUCUCAACCUCAAGCGCCGCCAAGGCCACCCGUUAUUAUAUACACAGUCUCUCCCAAGAUAAUUCAUGCAAACCCUAAUGAAUUCAAGUCAUUAGUACAACGUUUAACCGGCCGAGAUUCGACUUCUUCUUCGUCCAUGAUCACUUCAUCGUCGUCCUCUUCGGCUUUUCAACUUCAUAGUGAUGCAAUAUCUCCAGCUGCACGUUUUGCUUCUAUAGAGAAAACCAAGUCCCCUGAAGGGAGGAAAUUGCAACGAGAUUUUGACAUGGAUAUGUUUGAAGGAAUGGAGAUAAGCGCCGAGUUUGAGAGGCCGUCCGGCCAUUUUCCGGGCAUUUUAUCGCCUAAUCCGGCUUCUCUUCCACCUAUCCCACCAAAUUUUUUCUCUCCACCCUCUGAUCCCAAUCCAUUAGGGUUCUUUCAUGAUUUCAGCCCGGUUUUACACAGUAACAAGAAUUAUUUAGACUGCAGUUUAUUGCCUAGUCCUUCAACUUUUGUUUCAUCCCAUAUUCCUUCUCCAAAUACUCUAGACCUUUUCAAUGUCUUAUUUGAACUUUAA